UCAGACAGACGACAGGUAACUAGCAAUGGGGUCUAUGAUACCUUCCACUAGUUUUUUUUAUAUGGACUUUGACGUUUGGCGGCUUAUUUGCUGCAUGUUUUCCAUACAAACCGCUCAGCAAAAUAAGCCUGCGUAUUUCAGAUUAGAAAAUUUUUCUAAUGUUAGUUUCGAUCAGCUGCUCGACAAAUUUCAAAACAAGGCAUUUUUCUAGCAGGUCUGAAACAGGUUAGGCCAUAUUUGAUUCGGCUGAGUGUUGAUUGAAUUAGGAUUUAAAACAACAAUGAAAUUACAUGAGUUUAAUUAUGUUCAGCUUUUAAUGAAAAAUAAUACAAAUUUUUCUGAUGAGGUUCUGAUGACCCUAGAACACUUUCACCACGCGGUUUAAGUAGCGUCACAAAUAUGAUUGAAACUCGUCUUGAAGGUUUUACUUAACUUCACAAUUGUCAAUUUAUUCUACGCUACUUUGCUCGAUAUCACUACUUCUUUGACACUGAAAUCCGAUCCGGUUCGAAGGACCAAAAAAUGUUUGUGAUAAUCUACGCGGUGGUUAGGAACACAUUUGAAUCGCACGGCGGUUGAAACGGAAGAGAACUUAUAAUUCUAAACUGUAACAAUAUAAUCCGUGCUAGCUAAACUAACACUAAUGAACCGAGUUCGGCUUACUUCGUUGGUUAGGCCCAAGUACCCAAUCCCAUAACCGUGCAAAUAGACGUAGAGCGACAUUUCUCGCGCGACAUUUCUCGUCAAUAUUCGAUGGAAUGCGAUGAAAAGUCCAUAUAUAAAAAACAGCAUCGAAACGUCAUUCCCAUAGAAACACAUAGAAAUAUUUCAACGAAGUAGCUACAGAAAUGUCUCGCCGAGCGAUUUGCUUUGUUUGCAGAAUUGAGCUACUUUUGAGAAAUGUCGCGCGAGAAAUGUCUCUCUACGUCUAUUUGCACGGUAACAUCGCAAUGUGUUAUUUUUUAACCGUGCAAAUAGACCUGGAGCGAUAUUUCUCAGUGAGAUAUUUCGCAAAGUAGCUCAAUUUAGCAAAAAUAACCACAUCUCUCAUGAGACAAUUCAGCGCCCACUAGAUCUGUCAAAACAGUUUAUUUUUCAGUUCAGUCGAGUUGUUUACGCGUGCCUUUGCGAGUGAAGAAAUUUAUUGCAGCAAGUAUGUUUUAUUGUUUUAUUACUGUAUGGACUUAGUUUAAAAUGAAUAUAUGAUUUCAGAUCAUUGAAAAAUGUCAUCAAAGAUUAAUCCGAAGCAAGAUGGUAAACCGAAUAAAAAAAGGAACAAACAAUAUUGCAUCAGCAACGAAUGCGAUUUUCCUGCCCGUGCUACUGGCCGAUAUUCUCAAAUGCUACAAGAAGUCGCAGAAGAGACCAAUCCGAUGUCUCAGGAGCAAAUGCUGUCACUCAUAAGCUGUGUAGAGAGAUCAAGAUGCCUGUGGGACCGGAGUGACGCCGAUUAUAAAAACAUAAAUAGGCAUCAGGAUGCAUGGGAGGCCAUCGGAGCUGAAAUGGAACUUCCCUACUCCGCGUUGAAGGACAAGUGGAGCUCAUUAAAAGGGUCCUUCAGGCAUUACAAAACUCUCUACGACGAAAGCUUAGUGACCGGUUCUGGUAAAGUAUCACGCAAGGGUUCAUCGUUAAUGGUAACUCUGUUUAUUUAUACAUUUUAUAUCGUAAUUCUUUUUCGUAUAUUUUUAGGCUCCGCCGAAAUAUAUAGGCCCAAAUGGUUUGCUUAUAGAGCAAUGGAGUUUUUAAAUUCUAUCACGGACGGAGGCAUCAGAAUUGACACAAUGUCUAACCAAAUACAAUCACCUACCGCUACAAGCCCCACCAGAAAUUCUACGCCGGAACCAGUAUCCAUCGCUGACGGGCCUGAAAGCUUCAACUUGUCUGCUUCUGCACCCGCACCUUGUCCCUCAGCAACCGAUCAAACCAGCCAGCCGAUUUUAACUCAUUCUCAGACCAGAAAUGCGUCCGCGGCCUCUAAGCGUCGUUGGCACGAAGCCAACUUGCGUUACAAUGAGGAAGUAAUGACGGCUCUUGCAAACGUCGCACAGGCUACGCUUGAGUUAAGAUCGGCUGGUAGUGAAAAUCGCUUGGCACCGUUAUACGCUGGUAUGCGGGACUGGUCACCGGUACGACAGGAGGCAAUGGUAGUCAAAGUUCAAAGCCUGAUUGCGCAGGAGAAUGUUGCGCGGUUUGUAGAAAGAAAUGGAUACGACCCGCGCAAUUAG